AUGGCGAGCGGGCUCUCUGGUGUUGAGACACCACCAGGCCCGGCUAUGUUUGUAUUGGGGGAUUCGUCGGUCGAUUGUGGAGACAACAAUCCGUUUAACGCUCUCUUCCACAGAAAUCUGUCGCGAUUCCCUUGUAAUGGCUCUGAUACAACUCUUCUUCCACAGCUUCUUGCGAAGCAGAUGAAGUUGCCGCAUACCACACCAUUCUACAGUCAAAAUGGUUCAAUCGAUCGGAUUUUAGGUGGUCUAAACUUCGGGUCAGCAGAAGCUAGCAUCCUCUCCCCUCAUAGUCGAAACUACCAGUCUCUCAACCAGCAGCUCCGCCAGGCACUCGAGACUAUUCAGUUAUUGCAGCUCCAGCUUGGUGAAUCAACUGCCAAUGCAUUCAUCAACUCUUCUGUCUUCUAUCUCUCCUUUGGGAAAGACGACUUCACCGAUUUCCUCCACAACAACUCAUUAGGUAACAGUGGCUUCGACUUUGCCCACAUUUUGGUUGAGCAGAUGACAAAUGGCGUGAGAAGCUUGUACGCCUCUAAUGUGAGGAAGAUAGUAUGCGCUGGUGUCGUGCCCUUGGGGUGUGCACCGCAAGCGCUGCUGCUGCUCGAGUCGGGUGGGAAUGGCAUAAGGAAAGCGUGCUUGGACGACGUCAACAAAGUGGUAUCGUACUAUAACAGGCGACUGGAGGAGAACAUAGCCGGCAUGGACCGACAGCUGGGAGACGCACGCGUUGUCUUUUGUGAUGUUUAUGAGGCCGUGAUGGAGGUCAUCGAUCACCCAGCCAAAUACGGUGCGAGGAUAGAGGAUGUGAGGAAUGCGUGCUGUGGAGUGGUGAGGGACGGGAAGGUGAGUGGCUGCGUGUCAACGGAGAUGGCCUGCCAAGAAGCUUCGACUCACGUGUGGUGGGACUUGCAAAACCCGACCCCGGCUGUGAACUCGCUCGUGGCUCAGUCCGCAUGGUCUUCUCCUUCCCUUUGCCGCCCCUUUUCUUUGAAACAACUCUUCUGA